AUGUAUAAUGGAUAUUCAUCAUAUGAUAGCGAAAUUCAGCGACAUACAAUAUGUAAUUCACCUUUAUCGACUAGUAUACCAUCAACAGUUGCUGAGAAAAUUGCUAUGCCUUAUUUAACACAUAUAUACGAAUUAAUAAUAAGUAAUCGACCAUUUUCAGUAACAACCGAUAAAGAUUUUAAAUGGACACUUGAAAUAUUUGCAUUUGGUUUUACAUGUGAAGAAAGUUCAAUAUAUCAAUUAUGUGCAAAUGUUUAUGUUGAAUGGCUUAAAGUAUUUGAAAUAACAUCAGCAAAUUCAAAUUCAAUACCACCUAUUUUACGUGAAAAAAUUGAAUUUUAUUGGUCGCAAAUGUUUUGGCAUCUUUAUCAUUUAUUUGUGAUACAUGAUGAAAAAACAGCAGAUUUAUUAACAAAAAGAAUGUAUACCCAUAAAGUUCUACGUCAGUUACAAAUAAUGAUUAGUCAAACAGAAUUAAAUUUUGAUUUAUGGCAUAUUUUACUUCAAGUAUUUUUAGCUAUUGGUGAUACAGUACUAUCUCCACCGUAUCGAACAAAUGAAGAAUGUAGUGCUGUUAUGAGCCACCGUCUUGUACCUUCAAUUUAUCAAGUUUUUAUGGCAGCAAUUGAUAAAAUACAUAUUCCGCCAGGAUUAUGGCGAACAUUUCGAGAUUAUGCUCAAACAUGGCGUCACCAUUGGGCUCAACUUACUUGUGUUCUUACAUCAACAGUUGUACAUAAAUUAUGGUGGCCAGAUUUAAUACCAUUGCAAUAUAUUUGUACAGAAACUGAUCAAAGUGAAUAUACACAAAAAAUAAUUGAUUCUUUACCAUUAGACAAACUUGUUAUAACAUGGAUACAAUUUUUAACUAUUCUACAAAAUCCAUCAGAAUGUGGUGAUAUAUCAGUUUUUCUUCGUAUGCCACAAUAUUCUAGUCAAUUGCAAUCUAAUACAAAUUUAAAAUUAAAAGAUUUUACAUCAUUACACGAAUUACCACGAAUAUUUGUUAAUGUAACUAAAGCAAUUGGAAUGUUUAUUGAUAUAUGGUUAGAUAUUGAUCCAUCUUGUUUAUAUAGUCCAAAACCUUCAAAUACUUCAAUAGUAACAACUAAUGAUAAUAUCUCAUCAACACAAAAUAAUCAACAAUCAUCACGUCCUAGUGUUCAGCCACUUCGUGGUACUCCAUCAAAUAGUCAACAACCAUCAAUACCUGCAACAUUAAAAUCUAGUAAAUCACAAAUUGAUAAUCGAAAAAUCAAUUUACCUUCUAGUCAAAGUUUAUCAACAAUAAAUCCAUUAACCAUUUCACCCAAUCUAUCAGAUAAAAUCGUAUCAAAAACUUCUCGACUUAAUCAUCCAACUGUAAAUAGUCUUAUACAUUUAUAUGGUUCAUGGAUAUUAGAUUGUUGUUUAUUACAAAUAAAAGAUCGUUAUUCACGUUCAUCAAUAAAUGAUUCUUCUCGAGCAAAUGAAACGGAGAAGACGAUAGAUGCUCAGAGUGAACGUUUUAUGGAUGAAGCUGUUGCUAAAUCAUUUGCAACAAUAUGUACAAUAUUUACUAGUGCACAAUGUGAUGAAGUUAUUCAUCCAGAAUAUUUAAGUAGAUUUUAUUAUGUUUUACAACAAGGUCUUCGAUUUUAUCAAGGAGAUGAACAACGUUCUCAAACAAUUAUUGAAUCGAUAUUAUUAAAUAGUGGAGAUUUAUUUCGAAUUAAUUUACGUGGUAUUAAUAUACUUAUUCCACUUUAUUUGGAUGCUAUUGAUUACUAUCUUCAAAUUGAUCUUCAAUCUUAUAUGAAUAGUAAUAUUAGUAUGACAAAAGGAGUAAAUAAUACUGGAGUAAUUCGUGAUCGUUUUAUUCGUAUUCGUUUAAAAUCUAUUCAAAUACUUAUGUCAAUUGUUAGUUUACCAUUUCAUUAUGAACAUCUUGAACAACAUUUAUUUGAAGAUUAUUUGGAAAAAUCACAUGAUGUACAAACAACAACAAAAAAAACAUUUUUAGAAUUUCGUUUAAGAAUAUUUCCAUUAUUAUUAGGUGCUUUACAAACAGAACAAGAUAUUGUUAAUGCACAAUCUCUUUUUGGUGUUAUUCGAUUAGCAUGUUCAUUAGCUGCUCACUAUGAACGACAGCAAGAACAAACCUAUGCUGUUAUUAGGCAAGAUCCAGCUGCUGAGUAUCUGAGUCAUGCAGUCAUUUUAAUUUGUGAUAAAGGUACAAAUGAUUCUCAAUUAUUCUUAGCUGCACUCGAUACUUUGAUCUCAAUUGUAACUGAUCCUAUAUGUCAAUUACCUAUUGAUAUAUGGAAAAAUGUUCUUAAACGUUUAUGUACUUUUAUUGAUAUUCAAUUACAUCGAAGUCCUAAAGAUCAUACACGUGAAAUGCAUUCAACAUGUGUUGCUACAUAUAAUACACUAAUAACCUUAAUUAUUGAACGACCAAUAUUACUUGAUGAUUAUGAGAAUUUAUUUAAAUUAUGUGAAAUUAUUGAAUUAGGUAUAUCAGGUGAAAAAGCACAGUCAUUUGAUGGACUUGUUUUUAAAAAAGACAAAGAAUUUCAUCCAGCAUCACAACGUGUUGCUGAAGCUGCACAAUAUUUAAUGUUCGUUCUUUUUGAGCACAAAGCGGUAUUACAUUUAAAAAAUGAUAUAUGUCGAAAUUGGUUAGAUGAAUCAACAUUUGAAAAUUUAAUGACUUCGUCAUCAUUUAAAUAUUUUGCAAUUAAUGGAAAUACUUUAUUUGCUAUGAAGGAAUUACCACACAAUGUUAAUAAUGGAAUGCCAGCAAUAAUCCUUUUAUGUCGUGGAUUAUUCGGUAAAAAUGUUUGGACAUUAAAUUUUCGUCAUGAUCCUAUAUUAAAUCCACCAAUACAAAUACAUAAAUCAAAUGAACGAAUAAUGAAUGAAAAUGAAAAAGCUCCUUCACCAAGAAUCACCCACGUCAAUAAUGAUCAAAAAGAUAAACUUCUUACAACACAUGGAACAAAAAAUGAACGAACAAAAAGUGAAUUAAGUAUUCCAACAUUAAGUUCAAUUAUUAAGCGUGAUGAAGAAAAAUUAAAUUUAUUUCGUGCAUUAAAAGUAAAGCAAAUUCCUAUUGAAGAACAAGCUAUUCAACGUGCUCAUAUUUCGGAUGAAAAAUUAUUCUCAGAAUGCAAACCACCUGAACGUCAAAAACAUUUUGAAAGCAUUCGUUUAUUUUUAUCCCAUUAUGGAUUUUGUUCAUUAGAUUCGAUGGAUUUCCUUAUGAAUGCAAAACAAUGGAAUGACUCUAAAUCAUUUAAUCGUUUUCAAUCACAAAUUCAAUUACUUGAUUCCAAUGCAGAAAAUUUUAUGGAUGAUAUAAAAAACCUUGAUAAAAUAUCGCCAACACUUUAUUGUACAGGACAAAUUUAUUAUUUAAAAAAAAAUCAAAAUACACUUUUAGAAUCAUUUUCAAAUUUGAAAACACUAGAACAAUUAAAUCCAGCUUUCUUAAAAAUGGUUUCACAAUUUGGUUCUGUUGUUGAAGUUAAGCAUCAUUGUGGUUGGACAGGAAAUGUAGAAACAAGUUGGAAAACAGUUUCUCUGACUCAAUCAAAUACAUAUUCAAAGACGAAAACAUUUGCUGAUAUUAAUGGUCAUGACAGUAUUUUAUAUUGGGCGGAUUUAACAACAGAAAUGGCCUUUUAUUUACCACAUCAUUUUUCUAUGGAUAAUCAAAGUUCUGAAAUGCGAAUAUUAAUUGUUUGGCUGGAAGACUUUCAUGAUGACCUAGAUUCAGUUUUACCAGAACAAUCAUCAAAGCUUCGAGAUAUUUCUAUAAUUGGCAUACAUCCCUUGAAAAAUCAUUUAUUUCGAAUUUCACUUAAUUCAACUGCUCAACGCAUACAAUCAGCAUGUGCUAGUAUUCCAUUAAUUGAUGGAAUGGUUCUACCUAUUCAUAUUUUAUCAUUUUUUCUUCGACAAUCUGUACAUAGUUUAAGUCGUCGAAAACGAUUAGAAGAUAGUCAAAGUUCUCAAACUGCGUAUUCAUUACGAAAAACUCGAAUAACAAAAAUAAUUGAAAAAUAUCAAAAUCGAACAGAUAAUCUUGAUGAAUUCUUUCAAAAUAUAUUCUUUUUAUCAACGCCGACAACAAAAACAACAAAACAAACAACUCAUGCUGAAUCAACAACACAAUCGAAUUCAAUAAUAAAUGUGCAAUCAUAA